ACACUUUCAAACUUUCUUUCCUUUAUAUAUCUUCCAACUCCAAAUUUUCAUAACAUCUCUCCUACCAUCACAAAAAAAAAAUGUUGUAGAGGUUAGAAUCUCAGUUACUAAUUCACAAAAUUCAGUAACUUUGAUUCAAAUGUUUAUAUUUAUAUAUAUUAUUUAUAUAUUAAAAGAUUCAUUGACUUCAGUAUAUAGUUAUUAGUCACUGAAGGUCAUCAUUACGUAAAUUUGCAAUUGAUAAAAAAAUAAAGAGAAUAUAAAGAGAGUUUUAUAGUUUUUGUGAUAUUUUCAACCAUGAAUGAGAAGUCAAGAGUUUCAAAAGAGCUUAAUGCUAAACAUACAAAGAUACUUGAGGGACUACUCAAAUUGCCAGAGAAUCGAGAAUGCGCUGACUGCAAAGCCAGAGGUCCACGAUGGGCUAGUGUAAACCUCGGAAUCUUUAUAUGCUUGCAUUGUUCGGGUGUUCACAGGAGUCUUGGAGUACAUAUAUCAAAGGUAAGAUCUGCUACAUUGGAUACAUGGCUUCCAGAUCAGAUUGCGUUUAUUCAAACGAUGGGAAAUCUGAAAUCGAAUAGCUAUUGGGAAGCCGAGUUGCCUACCAAAUCCGACAGAGUUGGUAUUGAAAAUUUUAUCCGAGCAAAAUAUGUGGAGAAGAAAUGGAUACCGCGAAAUGGGAGUGUGAAAUCUUCUCCAGGAGCCAGAGGGGAAUGUAAUUCGGCUAGUAAACCUGGAACCGACAGGGCUGCACCGUAUGUCAAAAGGAACAUGUCGUUCUCUCCCGAUAGGAAAUCUACUCAGCUCUCCGAUGCAGAUAGAUUAACGCUUGCGUUGAGGAACAGAUCGCCUAAGCAGGCUGCUCCUGAUCCGAAGCCGGAAGUUGUUCAGCAUGCAAAACCGGUAGCCUCCGCGGAAGAAGCAAAGCGAAAAGCUAAUGUUUCACCUGAUCCCCGACAAAGCGUUGUUCAGAAGGUAGAACCCUCAAUCCCGCAAGUGGCAAAAGCAAAACCAGAAACCGCUAUCAUCAACCACGCUGCUAACGUUUCUAAAAUCCAUGCUGAGGCCAUGAAGGAAAACGGAUCUGUUUCCAAGAUGCAUUCCGUUGGAGGCCCCCAGCCAGCGGAACCAAAAGCAGUAAUCCAACAGAAUGCCAGCUCUGCCGCUAUAGAAAACAAGAACAAAUUUGAUGCUGGAAUUGAGGAACUAAUUAAAGAUUUUCACUGGAACACGCAGCCGGUAUCAGCAAACCCCUUGAACAGUGUGAAGAAUGAGCCCCGCAUGGAAUGUCCUACUUCUGUCCAUCAGCUGCAGCAAGCGUCGCCACCUCCACAUCAGCCUCAACUCGUACCUACUACGGUAAAGCAUUUCAGUGGUUCACAAACCGCCUACCAAUCUUCAAACGGUAACCAGUUGUUUUCUCAGAACCGGGGAAGCAUUGGUGGUCAGGUCCAUGGGACUAAACAGAUGGGAGGCAUUCAAUAUUUACACGCGUCUAUGUCACCAGCCUAUGCUGCUAUGAAUCCGAGCAUGUUUUCUGCAAUGCCAAUAGCACCAAUGCAUGCAACAACAUCAACAGGAGCUAUUAGGCCUUUGUCAAGUUUGCCAACAGUUUCUGUUGUUCCAAUGCAAUCACCAUACCAUUACGAUUUCUCAUCGAUAACGCACGAAAUGUUAUCGAGACGAUAAACUAUAUACUAGUCGAUUAAUCGUUAUUUUUUUUUUCGAUUUAUUUAGAAUCUGCAAAUACUAUUGUACAUGUAUAAAAAGUUACACAGAGAGUUCUCCCAUUUUUUUCAUUGGAGGUGUUGAGCAUAAAAGGGAACUAUAAUACUAUACUUUGUGUACAAUGAAUUAUUGGUUGGUACAUGUUAUAUAUACUUAGAAUUAUUAUUUUUUCGCGAGUU